UACAGUCACUGACUCUUUUUCAUCUUCUACUUCUUCAUCUUCUUCUUCAAAUCAGAAGAAAAUAUAUGCUCAAGUAGCAGAAUCUGCUGUCUUCAAACCUGCUAGUUCAAAAUCUGCUCAAAAUUCUGAGAAAACUGAGAAGAAUAUUUCUCAGAUCUCU